AUGGAUGGCUCCCUAUGUGACUGGCUACCUUCUAAGAUCGACAUAUGGCGGCCGAGAUGAUGUGUUCGCUUACUCUGAUCCCGUUGUUCAGCCGUGGCCUGUCCCGCACUUCGCAUCGCUACCCUUUGACAUUCUCGAGGACAUCGCCGCCUUCUUUGUACCCGCCGACGCGUCUAAGCCACCUGACGCCGCAGAUCUGGCGGCUCUCCGAUCUCUCAGCGAGACGUGCAUGGGUUUCAGGACUACGUUCCAGCCCAAGGUCUUCAGAUACAUAGCCGUUGAAACGCAGGAGCAGGUGGAGAAGGUAUAUGAAGUCCUCAACGGCUCCAUUCUCCUGGCUUUCAGACCGAUGCCUGAGGACGCAGACGAGUUGACUAGGAAACUAUAUGCAGUGAAAAAUGUUGUUCCCAUCGCGGAUGUGAUGCCCGUUUCCUAUGAAAGAAAGUUCUUACGCAAUGGCGUCAGGACACUCGUCGCCCGGCCAUACUCCAGAUGUUCAUCCGAGUACCUCGAUCUUCGCUUUUUGCUGCAGAUGAUGCCGCUUCUGCGACACCUCGUAAUCGAUGACUUUGGAGGAGAGCAGUGCCAGCAUAUUCUCGAUAACAGCGCUCGCAUUUUGCGGAGGUGGCACAAUCUCGAAAGUUUCUGCUACAGCGGCGGGGACCUGUCCGAAAAAACGGACCGUUUGCCGUUCCCCCGUGCGGUGGCGAACAUGACUCGCCUCAGACAUCUAAUGCUCGAAGAUCUCGAUAUCGGCAUGAACCCGUGGAUCUUUACGGAGGACGUCGGUGUCGGGAUGGAUCCCACGUCCGAGGAUCGACAACGUCUAGGGCACGCGUGGCAGUACGUGUGGUACAGGCCCCAGCUUCUCAUGGAGGAGACGCCGAGUUCUCCGUGGCUCCCAAGCACGUUGGAAGUUCUGGAACUGUCCAGAGUCAACUUUGAGGAGAAAGGGAUUUGGCUUACCGAACAAGUGGCGAAUAUACUGAAGAAAGAGAAGGAUGCGAAAUGCGACGAUGGAAGUCGCGUUGACGCGGAUGCAGCCGGAAAAGAUUGGCCCGUCGAAUUCCAUCCGUUUGCGCGCUUGGUCAUGUGCUCUCGUGAAAAUCUGCGGGAACUGGAACUCUCUGCCAUCAAGGGCGUUCCUCACGAACCCGUGAUUCACGCGAUGAAAGCUGUAGGCUCAGGACUGCGGGCUCUCCACGUGAGGACAUACCCCCACUCAUUGAAAGAUAUCGUUCUGUGCUGUCCGCACUUGGUAUCCCUAACCAUCGACGGGAAUGGGAUGACACCUGAGGACGAAACUGAGAUGCUCGACCACCACAUUCCUGCUAGCGUCCGUGAACUCACGAUCUACGCGCCGUGGCACUUCGAAGACUUCGGUCAAUGGUUGGAGUCCGAAAGCUCGUCGGUGAACACUGGUUUGCUGAGCUCGCUGAAGACUAUAUCGCUUGUGGGGGGGUUAGAAAAUGAGCGGAAUGUUCCAUGGGAAACAACGUGCGCGAUCGUGGAGGCAACGGAGAGGCGCAACAAUGUCCAUCCGGAGUCGGAGGCGGUAAACGUCGUACUUGUUCGAGGAUUCGCAACGGAAGCCGGCUCCGAGCACGAUUCCAACGAAGGCGGAGAAGACGACGAAGGUGAAGAGGGCAACGAGGGCAGCCAGGAGGCCCCAAUGGCGAGUGAUAGCGGUGAUGAGAGUGACCAGGACACCGAAAAUGUCGAUGGUGACGAGAUUGCCGAAGGUAACAGAGCUUCGGACUAAUGCUGAGAUAGCUGUCACGAUGCUUCAGAGCCCCGUACAUACUCAAUGCUUGUGCAUGGACAUGUUAC